GGAAUGCUGUCGGGCAGCUGUUUUUCGCGUUGCGUGUUUGUGUGCUUUGUGCUUGUGUGCAUGUCUCCAUACUAAUUCUUUGCGGCCGGAAAAAUCUUAAAACUCGCUGUGAAAUAAAAAAAUAAAAUUGUGUUUAAUCUAAUAAAAAGUAGCUGAAACUUAAUAUGAAUAAGGAGCAAGACUAUGCCUCGGAUAGCGAUGAAAGCGACGAGGAUUUUUGCCUAGAAAAUGAAGCUGAUGCGGAUUCCGGUGAGGAGGAGGAAGACGACAGCGAAAGCGAAUUCGACGACGAAAACGACGCCGAAUCAAGCGAAAAACCAAGCAAAGCUGCAAAAGGCAAAAAGAAAGACAAAGUAAAGCAAAAGUUAAUAGAGACCGACAGCGGUGCAGGAGCUACACGUAGCACGCGUCAAACGGAAGCCAAACAAAAUGGACGCGAAGUUGCGGAAAAGGACGAAUUGGAAUCAGACGAGGAAGCCGACAAAUCGCGCUCCGAUGCGCUCUGGGCCGACUUUCUGGGCGAUGUCGGUGCCAGCAGCAAACCCGCCACAAAGCCCAAAGAGACACCGUCGCCCGCCAAGCCGACAGAUAGCGGUAAACGCACAGCGCCGGCCGCCAAGCAAGUAACGGAAGUUCUUGACUUUGCCGGCGAAAAGGUGACUGUGACCAAAACCAUCACUAGUUCCAGUUCCAGUUCCAGUGCUAAGGAGAACCAAGAGCAGCCGGCAUCGGUAAGCCCUAAAUCUCCAGCGCCCCGCGCCUUUGGCGCUGCCAAGCGUCCAGCCAAUGGUGGCGGCGGGGGUGGCGGCGGCGGCUUGGGCUCUUUGCUCAAUCAGCUGGGCAAGAAGAAGAAAAUGUCAGUGUUGGAAAAGUCACAGCUAGAUUGGAAGUCCUUUAAAUGUGACGAGGGCAUCGAUGAAGAUCUGCGUACACACAACAAAGGCAAGGAUGGUUACUUGGAACGCCAGGACUUUUUGCAGCGCACCGAUGUGCGGCAAUUUGAGAUCGAGAAAAGCUUGCGUCAGACGCGGCGUACAAACUAAAACACGCCGCAACCUCAUUCUGCAAGUUUUCCACUUUCCAACACACAUUCACACUUGCUGUCCACACAUUCGUACACGUCUUUUAUUUAGGAUAGUGCGUAUGCCUAACAAUAAGUUAUAUAAAUACAUAUAUAUCUAUAUCCGUAUCGCUGUUCCAAGCACUAUCGAAUCGUAUAAUA